CAGGAGCGUGCGAACAUUUUCUCCGACGAUGAUGAGGACCUGCGUCCACGCCAGCAGAGCCUGGGCGGGGUUUUGAGGCGCGAGGGCAACUGGAAGUGCUUUCUCCUGACCCUCAUGAUCGCGGGAUGUCUUGGCUCCGUAGUGUGGUGCAACACCGCCGAGAUCGACCGGGAACUCAUAGACCUUAACACGCUAUGGAGGAAAACUAGUCACGAAGUACUUGACAACCGACUGCGUGCGGAAUCUUGGUACCCCAUAAAGAGGACAGUUCGCGAGUCACCCUGCGACGUUGGCUACGCAUAUAUACCAAUCGCCUUUGUGCUACUCUUGUACUUAGUGUACCUGGUGGAAUGUUACCAUAGCACAGCAAGAAUCCAGCUCGCAAAGCGUGUGGACGUUGCGGCAGUCAGUGCGAGAGUCCAUUCUAUGAGGACUUCUACGCCAAGGGUCUGGUGGAAAGCGAUUUGCUACCAUUAUGUGAGGAGAAAACGACAAGUCACGAGAUACCGCAACGGAGACGCUUACACCACCACACAGGUCUACUACGAGAGGGUGAACACUCACAGUGCAAGCACAUCAUUUGCACACGCAUGCUGUGGACAACGUGAUGCAUCCAGAAACCUGGUUUUGGACUCAAAUACACCAAUCACUAAAGUACGCUUCAGCAAAGGAUUCGCUUUCGCAAAUAUCGAAGCAGCUAGUGAAUUUGAAGACCAAAGAUCAAGAUUUUUCGCAGAACAUGAGCGAUUCGAUGAUUUUAUGGAAAUGCGCGAAGGAUUAGAUUUAAUAGGAGUCAGCUCCUUUAAAGAAUACAUGGUAGCUUACAGGGAUACGGAUCGGUGUGCCUGGUACUCUUCCCAGUUACUCUUUUGGACGCUAUCCUGCCUUCUUCUUUCCUGGCCUCUUAGGAUUAUUAUAGAAUGUAAUACGGCUUAUGUACAUUAUACGAUAACAAAAAUUUUCGGUACAAACUACGAGUUAGAUCCUAGUCGGCAAUUAGAUUUAGAAACACAUUUGUCAGAUACAUUGCCACCAGUUCCUGCCACAAAUUACGCUUGGGCACUAGCCGAUGAACAAAGUGCUGUUCUGUGUUCCGCUGCAAGACCUCCACGUACCCUUCCACUGUCACAUGCAUCUACUGUAGAUAGUCUUGAAUUAUUCGCUGCUAUUCGAGGGAAUUGUGCCAUUGUACCGUCAUACUCAGAAGCUAUGCGUAUCGAUGCUGCGCUUAGAGAAGAUCCAGCUGAGAACACUUCCAAUGCUGGGGUUCUCAUAGACAUGGAACCAGAAGAGAGACCAAAUCGGCCAACGAUAAAAGCCGCUUCAUUUGAUGAACCAGCAAGAAGGCCCAGAAUAAGAAUCGCCAGUACUCAUUCAAGUCACAACAUUGCUGGUAGUGGUCGAUCUCAUGAAGCUAAACUACAGAAUAGAAGAUCAUGGGCCGGCGUUCUAACAACAGCUCGAAGUGCACGACAAAUUUUAGAAGAUUUAACGAAUAAUUCUACUUAUCAACCUAUACCUGAAACACAAGUAACAAGAAAUGGUGAAAAUACAAUAUAUUUCUCUAGAGAGCUUUCACCUACCUGUUCAAGAGAUCCAUUUGGUGGUCGAGCUCAAACGACGCCAACAGAUGAGCCACCAUCUUAUGAAGAGGCCUUAAAGUUACCUGCGUUAAAAAAGCUGACAAGGUCCAUUACCGGAACAGAUUUAGCGGGUCCUAGAAGAGCUUUUUUAAAAGAUGUCUUAUCUAAUAGAAGAUCUUGUUUAGAGGGUGUUGGUGUUUUAGCUGGAACUAAAGUUGUUAGAAUACCAUAUAGUGAGUCUGGUGAAGAAACUCCUCUAUAGCGCUCCUAUUUUCGAAGACUUUUAUGGUGCAAUAAAAUUGUAUUUAUAAUGGGUAUUUCUAGGCGAUGUAUAAUUUAAUAGAGGCCACAUAAAGUGAGAAUUUAAUGUUAUAAGGUAUUAGUUGUAAGCUUUGGAAUUGUUAUGCGCUAAAGAGCU